AUGUUCACAGAACUUAAUACAUUUAAGUUUUUUGGUUGGGUUAAAUAAGAUUUAUUAGAUGUUUAGGAUAAAUUUGAUAGUUUACUACUGCGAAUAACAAUAAAUGAGUAAAAUUUUAAUGAUUAUCAAAUUGGUGAUAAAUUUCUAUAUGUUAUGUAUCAUUAAAAUAAAAUUCUAAGAUUGAAUGGAUUUACAGCUUAAACUUAUAGUUAUUCUUUUCCUUAUACAACAACUCAUUAAACAACAGAAGAUGAAACUUUUACUAUAUUUGAUAGUUCUUUAAGUGAUUAAUUAACUAAAUGGCAUUUUAUUUAGUAUGAAGAAGGAUCUUCUAUUAAUGAAGGAAAACCUAUUUAUCGAGUAUAUUUUCCAAAAAAUGAUUAAUUAAUUGAAUGUAGAUGGAAUAAUAAAGUUCAUCACUUUUCAAAUGUUAAUUUAUAUUUUUAUUUUGGAGGAGAUGAUUAUUUUACUAAUAGCUUUAAAGGAUCUUUAAACAAUUGGUAAAUUAUUUCUUAUUGUGAAAAAUAUUUUGAAUCUAAAUUGGAAAUAAGUUGUUUUUAUACAUGUUAAACUUGUACAGGGUUAUCUGAAUAUGAUUGUUUAAGCUGCUCUUUAGAAUCUAAUAGAAUAUUUUCUUCAAGUGAAAACACUUGUUCUUGUCAAGUUGGUUAUAUAGAUAUUUAUGGAGUUGCAUCAUGUCUCAGUAUAUAAUAAUACAAUAAUAGCAUUAAAUUAAAUUAAUGGAGCCUUAGUAUUACAAGUCAAAGAAAUAAUUUGUGAAAAUACAGGAUUUUAUUAUUGUGAUGAGUUUUAGUUGAUUUGCGAAUUCGGCUACUUUCCUCACCAUAAUUAAUGCUUAAAAUGGUAUUGAUUUCCUUAUUUUAGUCCUUAAUUUUAAAAUGAUAUAUAUUCAAACUAAUUAUUUUGUGGAGAAUGCUAUCUUGAUCCAAAUAAUUUUCAUCUUGAAUUUAAAUGCUCUUUUGAUUUUAUAUCAAAAUAUGAUGAAUCACCAUUUUAUUAAAUUUGGAGAGAUGUUUCUCAAAUAUAAAUGUAAUCAAAUAAAUCUUAUGUAGAUAUAAAAUUAACGAUGUUAACCAAAAUGAUUAUUCAUUAGAAAUUAUUGAAGGAUAUUUAGGAUCUGGUUAUUGUAAGUAUGGAUAUUUAAUGAAUUCUCAAGGAAUUUGUUAAAUGUGUAUUUAGGGAUGUUUUAAUUGUAUAAGAAUUGAUUAUUGUUCUUCUUGUCUUAAUGGUUAUUUUAAGACAAAUGAAGGAACUUGUAAAAAAUGUCAAAUUUGUUAAGAUUGUGAAUUUGAAAAUGGAGUUGAACACUGUUUAAACUUUUCUUAGUGUCUUUCAAGUUAGUAUAGAAAAAGGGAUAAAUGUGAAGAUUGUGGAUAAUAUUGCAAAUAAUGUGAUUCAAAAUAAUGUUUUUAUUGUAUUGAUAAUGAGAAAUACUAUUUAAGCUUAGAUGGAUUUAAUUGUGGUUUUUGUUCAAUUAUAAAUUGUUAAUAUUGCUUUGAAUAUAGUUAUUAAGAUUAUACUAAUCUAAUUAUUUCAAUAGAUAAAAAUAUAAAUGGAGAAUAAAUUUAUAUUGAUAUGUAUAAUAUUCAUUUAGGAUGUGCUCAAUGUUACAAUGGAUAUUAUUAUUCUUUUGAAACCAAUAAAUGUGAAUUAUUAAAUGAUGAUAUGCAAUUGUGUCAAGUUGGAGUAACUUCACCUUCAAGUCAAAGUAUCACUUGUUUAAAAAGUAAAUCUUUAACUAAUUCUAUUUAAACUACUAAUUGUGAAGAUUCUGUAUUAUGUUUAGAAUGCAUCAAUAAUUAUAAUUUUGCAAUAAAUUCAUUCUGUAUUGUAUGUGAAGAAGGAUAUUAUUCAAAUAUUAUAACUGGAUUAUGUAAGUAAUGUCCUUCUUCAUGUAAAACAUGUGCUUAAUAAAAUAUUGGAAUGAAUAACUAUUGGAAAUAAUAAAUUAAAGCAUUUUAUUUGAAUUUUGUUAAUUAAAAUAAUUAACAUCCAUUUGAAAUUUAUGCAGUUGAUUCUGAUCUUGAUUUAUUAGAAAUAAUUUGCUUGAGUUGUAAGAACAAUGAAAUAUUAUAUAACAAUAAAUGCGUUUAAGGCUGUUCUGAGAAUUGUUAAGAUUGUAGAAUUGUAGAAUAUGAUAGUAAUAUUUAUAGAAGUCAUUGUUACAAAUGCAAAUCAAAUUUAUUUAAUAGAGUAAGAAGUUUUCGAUUUGAAUAAAUAAAUUAAUUAUAUGAACAAUGCGAAACUUGUCCAAAAUAUUGUCAGGCUUGUUAUUUAAGACAAAUUGAAGAAAUAACCUCAAUAAAUAAGUUUUUUGAUCAAACUUCUGAUUAUUUAAAAUAUACUUUUAAAUGUUAUCGAAUUCAAGAUAAAGGAACUAGCAAUAUUUACAUUCACCCUAACAUUUUAGCAAUACAAUCUUGUAUAAAAUUCUAGAAAUGUUCAAAAUCUAUUGAUGCCAUCUUUAAAGUAUUCAGAACUCGAUAUGAUUUGGAUGACAUUAUAAAAUUUGAAACCAAUCAAACUAUGAUUGAUAGAUAUACCGAUUUUGAUAGUAUUAUGACAUUAGAUGAUUGGAGUAGAUUUGAAGAAUCUUAAUUUUUAGAAUACUACAAUUAAGAAUUAAUAGAAGAAAUUAAUAUUAAUUAUUAUCUCUAAAAUUUAAAAAACUCUGAAUAUUGGUAAUUAGGGUAAAGUGGAGGUAUGAGUAACAGACUAAAGGAAAGAGUAUUUUUAUUAAAAUAUGUAAAUCUCAAAUUAAUAGGUGAAGAUACAAAAAUCGCUUAUAAAUGCGAAGAUUAAUUAACCUUUUUUAAUUUUGAUAAUAUAGUUUUUGAGGAUAUAAAUUUUUAUGCCCCUAUACCCAUUAAAUACGAAUAGACGGAUAAUAUUAUUUUUAGAUUGUGUUUUGAAAAUGAACAUUAUCCUAUGUCAGUGAAAUUUAAAAAUGUUAAUUUCUUUCAAUAUCAAUUCAAUUGUAACUUAGAAUUCUAUAUAAUUUGUAAUCGACCAAAAAGUAUUCAAUUUAUUAANAAUUCUAUUUAAACUACUAAUUGUGAAGAUUCUCUAUUAUGUUAAGAAUGCAUCAAUAACUAUAAUUUUGCGAUAAAUUCACUCUGUAUUGUAUGUUAAGAAGGAUACUAUUCAAAUAUUAUUACUGGAUUAUGUAAAUAAUGUCCUUCUUCAUGUAAAACAUGUGCUUAAUAAAAUAUUGGAAAAAAUGACUAUUGGAAAUAGUAAAUAAAAGCAUUUUAUUUACAUUUUGUUAAUUAAAAUGGUUAACAUCCAUUUGAAAAUUAUGCAGUUAAUUUUGAUCUUGAUUUUUAAGAAAUAAUUUGUUUAAGUUGUAAGAACAACGAAAUAUUAUAUAACUAAGAAUGCGUUUAAGGUUGUUCUGAGAAUUGUUAAGAUUGUAGAAUCGUGGAUUAUGGUAGGUCUAUUUAUAGAAGUCAUUGUUACAAAUGCUAAUCAAAUUUAUUUAACAGUGUAAGAAGUUUUAAAUUUGAAUAUAUAAAUUAAUUAUAUAAUCAAUGUGAAACUUGUCCAAAAUAUUGUUAGGCUUGUUAUUUUAGACAUAUUGAAGAAAUUGCCUCAAUAAAUAAGUUUUUUGAUAACACUUCUGAUUAUCGAAAAUAUACUUUUAAAUGUUAUCGAAUUCAAAAUAAAGGAACUAGCAAUAUUUACAUUCACCCUAACAUUUUAGCAAUUCAAUCUUGUCAAAAUUUAUAGAAGUGUUCCAAAGCUAUUGAUGUCAUUUUUAAAGUAUUUAGAACUAGAAAAAAUUUAAAUGAUGCAAGAAAGUUGGAAACCAAUCAAACUUUGCUUGAUAGAUAUGUAGAUUUUUAAACUAUUAUGACAAUAGACGAUUGGAGUAGAUUUGAAGAAUCUUAAUUUUUAGAAUAUUGUAAUUAAGAAUUAAUAGAAGAAAUUAAUAUUAACUAUUAUCUCUAAAAUACAAAAAACUCUGAAUAUUGGUAAUUAGGGUAAAGUGGAGGUUUGAGUAACAGAUUAAAGGAAAGAGUAUUUUUAUUAAAAUAUGUAAAUCUCAAAUUAAUAGGUGAAGAUACAAAAAUCCCUUUUAAAUGCGAAGAUUAAUUAACCUUUUUUAAUUUUGAUAAAAUAGUUUUUGAGGAUAUAAAUUUUUAUGCCCCUAUACCCAUUAAAUAAGAAUAGGAAAAUAACAUUACUUUUAAAUUGUAUUUUGAAAAUGAUCAUUAUCCUAUGUCAGUGAAAUUAAAAAAUGUAAAUUUCUUUCAAUAUCCUUUCAAUUAUAACUUAGAAUUCUAUAUAAUUUGUAAUCGACCAAAAAGUAUUCAAUUUAUAAAUGUUGAACUAACUUUAAACAUUAGUAAUUCUCUAUUCUUAAAUUAUGAACCUUUUUCAGACUUUGAAGAUUCAACUUUCUAUGUUGAAAACCUUACAAUUUAGAAUAAUUUAUUUAGUAAUGUUACAGUUUUUAAAUAUUAUGCAAAACAUAAUUCACUUAAUUGCACUAUUACAUUUAAAUAAGUAACAAUUCAGAAUACCUUUUUUUCAAAUAAUUCUAGUUUUAUUAAUUCAAAUUAUGAUCAAAACUAUGACAUUGGGAUUGUAUAGCUUGAGGACUUUUUAUUGAAAGAUGUGACAUUUUAAAAUUCUUCAACUUUUUUAAUACUUCUAUCAUCCUAGAGAUUAAGUUUAAAAAAUUUUACUCUUUUUAAUGUAAGAUUUUUAGACUCAUCAUCAUUUUUAAUAGCCAACACUUUUGAAAUUUAUUAAUUAAAAUUACAACAUAGUAUUAUUUAAAAGGGAUACAUUAUAACUAACAAAGGAAAAUUUAGUGAGUCAUUAUAAGUUAGAUAUCAUUCUGAAUUUUUAUCAAUAGAAGACAUAAACUUUUCAAAUAAUUAGUAUUUUAAAGAAAACUAAUUCAUUUAUAUAGUAUAAGAUUAAGUUUAAAAUAUAAGUUUGAGUAUUAAAAAGUUUGAAUUUAAUCAAAACUAUUUUCAUAAUAUUUAGAUUGGUAAACUUGCUUAUAAUUUUGCUACAAGUUAGAUUUCUUAAAUGUACAUAGAAUGUACUUAUUGUUAUCUUAGUGAUCUGAAAAUUAUAAGAGGAUUAGGUUAUCCUGAAUUAACAAUUAUGAACUCUAAGUAUAUUUCAAUUGUUAAUUUAAAUAUAAUAAUUAACCCUUCUUUAAAAUUAAAAUUGAUUCAUACUUCUAUUAAUUGUGUUAAAUAAUUUUAUAGUCUUGAUUUACCUUAUAUUAUUUUUAUUCAAUCUUUUAAUUAGGUAAUUUUAGAUUCAAUAAAUAUUUUGAAUAAUGUAAUUAUUGAUUACCCUUUUAUAUAAAUAAUUGGUGAACGCUUUAGUGAUUAAAAUGAAUUUGACAAGAUAUAUGUUUAAAAUUCCAUUUUUGAAAAUAAUAAUUUAAUUAUCACUUAAUUCAAUAGAAUUUCAUCAAUAAUUUCAAUUUAAGCUUCCCUCAAUACUUAAAUUGAGGUAAGAAAUGUAACAUUUAAAGACAAUUUGAUAAAUAAAUUUGAAGAUGAUCCAUAGUUACAUUCAUCAUCUACUAUGUUUAUAGAUUUAUAAGUUGGUUAAGUUAUUUUUGAAAAUGUAAGGUUUUUAUCAAAUAUGGUUUUAAAUUCAUCAGAUUCAAACUUAUUUAUAAAAACAGAUAAUCUAACAUUAAUUAAAUGUUAAUUUAUAGAUUAAAAUAGACCUAAUUUCAGGUUGGUUUAGUAAUAUAUCCUUUUUGAUAAAUUUUAAAUUGAUCAAGAAAAAAUAAUGUCAAAUAUUUUAGUAACUUUUAGCAUAGGAGGAAGUGGAUUAUUUUAUAUAAAUAAAUUAAUAAUCUCAGAAAUAAAUGUUAUUAAUUCUUUGGCAGUCAAUGGUGGAGCAUUUUAUAUUGUAAUUAAAUCAGUAGGUAUCCUCUAAAUUUAGAAUUCAACUUUUGAAAAUACAUCAACAUUACUAGAUGGUAAUUAAUUUUCAUCUGGAGGCACAUUAUACAUAGAUGCAUCAAAGAGCAGACUAAUUCUAUAGAUUUCUGAUUCAAUCAUAUAAAGGGCAUAUUCUCGAACUUAAGGUGGUGCUAUCUAUAUAGAAGCAUCAAGAACAUUUAAUGAAAUAAACUUUAAUAAUCUCUCUAUUCAAAAUGCUUUCUCUUUAUAACAUGCAAUAUUAUCUUAUUACCCAUACAAAUUAUCUUCAUUAAGUUCUAAUAUACUUAUAAAUAACUCUUUUUUUUAAAGUAACGAAUUAGAGUUCAAUAAUUAUUUAUCAAAAAUUUCAGACAUUUCUAUUUAAGAUGNAAUAGAAGACAUAAACUUUUCAAAUAAUUAGUAUUUUAAAGAAAACUAAUUCAUUUAUAUAGUAUAAGAUUAAGUUUAAAAUAUAAGUUUGAGUAUUAAAAAGUUUGAAUUUAAUCAAAACUAUUUUCAUAAUAUUUAGAUUGGUAAACUUGCUUAUAAUUUUGCUACAAGUUAGAUUUCUUAAAUGUACAUAGAAUGUACUUAUUGUUAUCUUAGUGAUCUGAAAAUUAUAAGAGGAUUAGGUUAUCCUGAAUUAACAAUUAUGAACUCUAAGUAUAUUUCAAUUGUUAAUUUAAAUAUAAUAAUUAACCCUUCUUUAAAAUUAAAAUUGAUUCAUACUUCUAUUAAUUGUGUUAAAUAAUUUUAUAGUCUUGAUUUACCUUAUAUUAUUUUUAUUCAAUCUUUUAAUUAGGUAAUUUUAGAUUCAAUAAAUAUUUUGAAUAAUGUAAUUAUUGAUUACCCUUUUAUAUAAAUAAUUGGUGAACGCUUUAGUGAUUAAAAUGAAUUUGACAAGAUAUAUGUUUAAAAUUCCAUUUUUGAAAAUAAUAAUUUAAUUAUCACUUAAUUCAAUAGAAUUUCAUCAAUAAUUUCAAUUUAAGCUUCCCUCAAUACUUAAAUUGAGGUAAGAAAUGUAACAUUUAAAGACAAUUUGAUAAAUAAAUUUGAAGAUGAUCCAUAGUUACAUUCAUCAUCUACUAUGUUUAUAGAUUUAUAAGUUGGUUAAGUUAUUUUUGAAAAUGUAAGGUUUUUAUCAAAUAUGGUUUUAAAUUCAUCAGAUUCAAACUUAUUUAUAAAAACAGAUAAUCUAACAUUAAUUAAAUGUUAAUUUAUAGAUUAAAAUAGACCUAAUUUCAGGUUGGUUUAGUAAUAUAUCCUUUUUGAUAAAUUUUAAAUUGAUCAAGAAAAAAUAAUGUCAAAUAUUUUAGUAACUUUUAGCAUAGGAGGAAGUGGAUUAUUUUAUAUAAAUAAAUUAAUAAUCUCAGAAAUAAAUGUUAUUAAUUCUUUGGCAGUCAAUGGUGGAGCAUUUUAUAUUGUAAUUAAAUCAGUAGGUAUCCUCUAAAUUUAGAAUUCAACUUUUGAAAAUACAUCAACAUUACUAGAUGGUAAUUAAUUUUCAUCUGGAGGCACAUUAUACAUAGAUGCAUCAAAGAGCAGACUAAUUCUAUAGAUUUCUGAUUCAAUCAUAUAAAGGGCAUAUUCUCGAACUUAAGGUGGUGCUAUCUAUAUAGAAGCAUCAAGAACAUUUAAUGAAAUAAACUUUAAUAAUCUCUCUAUUCAAAAUGCUUUCUCUUUAUAACAUGCAAUAUUAUCUUAUUACCCAUACAAAUUAUCUUCAUUAAGUUCUAAUAUACUUAUAAAUAACUCUUUUUUUUAAAGUAACGAAUUAGAGUUCAAUAAUUAUUUAUCAAAAAUUUCAGACAUUUCUAUUUAAGAUGUUUAACCAUUUUAAAGUAAUAAUCCCUCAAUUUAUGCAUAAUUUAGUAAUUUUAGCAUGCUCAACACUAAAUUUUAUUCUAUUCAUCUUUCUUUUUUAAUCCAGAUUUAAAAUGGAAUAAAUGUUAAUCUAAUCAAUAUACAUAUCUCAAACACUACAAUAUUUAAAUCACCAAUUUUUAGAAUUAUUUUAAGGGAAGGUAUAUUAUAUAAUAAUUUUUAGAUAUAACUGCUUAAUUAAUUGUUCAGAAUUUAUAUGUAAAUUCUGUCUAAUAAUUUCAAUUUGAUUAAAACUUGAACUGUACUUCAGGAAAAAUUUAAGAAUAAAAUAAAUUAUUAUGUCCAAUUAAUGCCUCUACAAUUAUUUUAAGUCCUACAGUAAAUAUUCAAGAAAACAAUACUACAAAUUAAUUAAAUUGUAAUAAAAAUUUAAUUUAUUUUUAAUCUUAAAAUAACAUGAGUCUUUUUGAAUUAAAAAAAUUAUCUAAAUCUCAUCAUAUUAUUUUUGAUGAUAUUUAAUUUACUUAAUGUAACUGUCCAGGCUGUUAUUUUGGACUAAUUUCAAUCUAAGAUUUUAGUUUUACUUAAUUAAGUCUGAAAAUCAACUCUAUGAAUUUGUAGAAUAAUAUUUGUGGUACUUUAGGAUGUUUAUCUAUAUUAAGAACUAUAGAAAACAAUUCAUUAAGUUCCUUAGAACCAAACAGAAUUUUAACUUAAUAAGAUUUAAGUCGGCUAGAAUUUAUGGAGAUAUAUCAAUUUCAGGUGAAAAUUUAAAAUAGCAUAUUUUAAAAAAAUACUGCAUAUUAUGGUGGUGCAUGCUAUUUUUCAAGUGUAAAUAUACUACUUGAUAGUUGCAAAAUAUAAUUUAAUACUGCUUAUAAAUAUGGUGGAGGCAUUUUUGUAUUUGCUAAUAAUACACGUAUUACUAUUAUAAAUAGCGAGAUUAUAAAUAAUUAAGCAACAAUUGCUGGAGGCCUUUAUUUAAAAAAUGAUCAAUUAUAAAAUCCAUAAAAACUUAAUUUAAUUUUGAAAGCAAACACUGCUAAUAUAAGUGAAAACUCUUAUGAAACUCCUAGUCUGUUAAAGACCUAAAUAAGAUCUUAAAUUAUUGAAAAUAGCACCAAUUUAUUUAGAAAUUAGACAACAAUAAUCGAUUAAGUUUAGAUAACUCCUUAUUAAACUUUACAAGAUUCAUAGUAUACAUCUUAGCUCUAUUUUCCUACAGGUAUUAGUAUAUCUAAAUAUAAAUAUUUUAACACCUCAAAAAAUGAAUAUUAAAACUACAAUUUAUCAUUUAAAAUUUUGGCUUUUAAUUCUUUAGGGGAAUAAAUGAAAAAUUUGAAUGGUUCUGUGUGUUCUAUUUAUGCUUAAGAAAUCUCAACUAAAUCUGAAAAUUAUUUUAGGGAAAUUUAAUUAGAUUUUGAUAUAUCGUAAAAAUAUUUAUCAAAGACAAUGAUUUAAUUUAAUGAAACAAGUCAAGAUUAUAAUUUAAAUGAUCUAAUUAUAUAUUUUAAUCCUUUGAAAGAUUAAGAUUUAUAAUUACUCCUAAUUAUUUAAUGUGAUUCAAUUUAAGUACCUUAAUAUAAUCAAGAAUUUCCAUUUGAAAAAACACAUGUUAUCACAGAUUAUUUUCUUCUAUUAAAAUUAAAAACUUUCAAAUGUUAAUUAGGAGAAUAUUUGAAUUCGACAUCUGGAGGUUGUGUAGAAUGUGAUAUUACAUAAAAUUAAUAUUCUGUCACAAUUGAUGCUAUAAAAUGUUAAUUUAAAAAUGAUAUUUAUAUGAAAAGCUUGCAACCAGCAAAAAUAGAACUAAGAGAAGGAUUCUGGAGAGCCUAUUACUACAGUAAUAAAAUAGAAGAAUGCUAUCAUUUGAAACUAAAUUGUUUUGGAGGAUGGUAAACAGGGGAUAAAUCUUGCGCUUUAGGCCAUAUAGGAGCAAUCUGUGAAUAAUGCGAUCUUUAUGACACUCUAGGAAAUGGAUCAUUUUCUUAGGGUUAAUCAUAUACUUGUUCUAGCUGUAAAGAUAUGGCUGGCAAUAUUGUGAAUAUAGCUUUUGCUUUAAUUUGGACUAUUUUAUCUGUGUUUUUAUCUGUUAAUAGUACCAUAACAAUGAUUGAAGAAUUUAUAUUAUAUACUAAAUUGAGAACUAUAGAUAGGUAUUUAGUUUUUAAAUCUUCAUCUACAUCUGUGUUAAUUAAGGUAUUUACUAAUUAUCUCCAAAUCAUAGGUUCUAUUUCAACAUUUCAAUUAUUUAUACCUAUUGGAAUAGUGCUUACUUUUAAAUCAGUUGGAAAUCCAAUAGAAACUAUGUCAUUUUCUCUAGAUUGUUAUUUGUCUCAAAUUACAACAAUUCCUAUACAUUAUUUUAGAAUUUUAUGGGGCUUUUUUAUGAUUGCAUGCUAUAUUUUUCUUUUUAUUGGAAUGCACUUACUUAUACUAUUCUAUAAGAAAAAAUAAUUCAGUAUAACUUUCAUAACAACAACACUCAUUUAUAUCUACAUAUAUUUAUCACCUAAUUUGAUUAGUGGUUUGGUUGCUUUACUAUCUUAUAGAACUAUAUCUGAUUUAAAAUGGAUUACUGGUAACGUUGCUUAUUAAUAUGAUACAACAGUACAUUAUAUUUGGUUAUCCACUUUUGCUAUUCCAGCUUUUAUCAUUAUUGGUAUCCUAUUGCCUGUUUUCUUUUGGUUCAUAGUUUAUUAUCAUAGAAAUAGAUUGAAUUAAGCCACAGUCAGAAAAUUAUGGGGCUAUUUAUAUAAUGAAUAUAAAUUAAAUACUUACUUUUGGGAAACAAUAAAAAUAUUGCAAAAAGAAUUUAUAAUUUAUGUCUUAAUUUAUUAUGAAGAUUAUGUUGCAAUCAAAGCUUCUUUAAUUUUAUUAGUUUUACUUAUAUAUGGAAAAUUAACAAAUUAAUACAAACCUUACUAAACAGGUGAUUUAAAUUAGAUUGAUGCACUUUAAACAUUAAUCUGUAACACAUCAAUAAUUUUGGCUUAAACUAUAUAUACAGCAUAAAGCUUAGAAGUUUAAGAAAUUGUUAUUCCUUCUUACACCAUUUUGGCAAUAUUAAAUUUCUAUUUUUUUGUUAAAGUGAUAAUCAAAAUAGUUUUUGCUUAUUUCAAUAAAUUAGAAGACUAAAUUGAUGAAAUCAAAGUCUAUUUGGAGCACAAAUUUCCAAAGCUUUUCAAUUAAAACUAAUUUUGCUUAAGAUAUUUAAAAAGUAAUAAAAAUAGAAGAUAAAUCAUUAGACAAAGAUUUAUGUUGAUAAAAAAUUACUUAAUAAAAUAAGCAAGAUAAUUCAUUCAAUAUAGGUAAUAUUUUUAAUUUCUAAUUUAGAGUCUAUACUGAAGAAAAUGAAGCUCCAAAUCUUUCAAAUGAGAAAGUUAGAAUUAAAACUGAUUUCAAGAUUGGAUCUAUUGAAAAACAAACAUCAAUUUUUAGAACAAAUACAUAAAAAAAACUAUUAAUGAGUUGA